AUGGCUCCCGUCGGCAUUUUGGCUCGUCUCAAGAGUCUCUACACCAAGCAUCAGGUCCCAUUCGACGACCACAAGGUUCAGACCUGUCAGCUAACCCCCGGCCCAGAUGAACCUUCAUUAUCCGUGCAAACUGUCGCGCUCUUCUCGAUCGCCCUUACCUUACUCUACGUCGUACCCUUUUACCUCUCCCCUUCCACCAGACCAUCACCCAGUCUAAGCCGCGAUGCGCCGUCCGUCAUCCGCGCGCGCAUCCGCACCGUCACAGGCUCCUGUCUCGUCUGUUCGUUAGUGGUGCUAUGGCUUGUCGUUGACAAGAGCGGUUCCUCGCCGAGUGCUGCGGUGAGCCUACUGGGUUGGUGGCCGAUCGAUCUGGGCGAUAUUCUGCGCAGUUUACUGCUUACGGCGAUCUUGUUCGUGGGCCCACUGUAUGAGCACGGGAUCGUCGAGGGCGAAUGGCGCUCGUGGUUUAGUCGGGCAAAAUGGUCCGAGUCGCUGGGCGGGUGGAUUGGGUGGAGGAAUUACAUCGCGGGCCCCAUAACCGAAGAAGUCAUGUUCCGCUCCGCCCUAGUCCCCCUCCACAUCCUCGCACACGUCUCCCCAGCUCGCAUCACCUUUCUCUCUCCACUCUACUUCGGCAUCGCCCACAUCCACCACUUUUACGAAUUUCGCCUCACUCACCCAGACACACCCGCCCUCGCGGCUCUCCUCCGCUCCCUCUUCCAAUUCGGUUACACCACCGCCUUCGGCUGGUACGCGACCUUCGUGUACCUGCGCACCGGUUCCCUGCCCGCCGUCAUCUUGGUCCAUAGCUUCUGCAAUUGGUGCGGGUUGCCCCGAUUCUGGGGCCGUGUGGAGGCGGGCGAACCUUUGGGGCCGCUGGUGCGUGGGAAAGAGGAUGAGGAUGGGAAGGGGCGCGGUGUUGGUGUUGGGGAUGGGGAGUUGAGUAUUGGUUGGACGGUGGUGUAUUAUGUGUUGUUGGUGGUUGGGGCGAUGGGUUUUGCGUGGGCGUUGUGGCCGUUGACGCAGUCGUAUAAUGCGUUGGUGGAUUUUGGGGUGAAGGGUGGUAAGGAU